AUGGACGAGACCGGAGUCAUGCUCUCUAUACUAGGAUCUGUGAAGGUGCUCGUAGGCCGUGAUGACACGAGAGCCUACAGAGGCGCGCAAGUCAAGCGCACGACCGUGACUGCUAUCGAGUGCAUUAGUGCAGACGAGAGAUGCUUGUCGCCGAUGAUCAUCUGGCCAGCUGCCACCCAUCGGAGUAAUUGGACCACGUUUCCGACUCCCGGUUGGCACUACGCUUACUCGGAAUCCGGAUAUACUGACUCUCAGAUAAGCUUCGAAUGGCUUCGCCAGGUGUUCGAUCCGCAGACGAGGGAUCGCGCUAACGGUCAGCCUCGUGUAUUGAUCUGCGAUGGCUUCGGCACGCAUGAGACCCUUGAUAUCCUAGAGUUCUGCUUUGCGCACAAUAUCAUCCUCUGUCGCCUGCCGUCCCACACGUCACACAAAUUGCAGCCUUGCGACGUUGCCGUUUUUGCCCCACUCAAAGCCGCUUACCGUGACAACGUCGAGUGCAUCGAACGAGGCGGCCAUUUUACGUAUCUGUAUGGACCCGCUCGUGAAAGGGCAUUCACGAAGCGUAACAUCUCCGCUGGGUGGAGCAAAACAGGACUGUUCCCGUUCAAUCCCGAUAGGGUCCUGAGAGAUCUGCCUCAGCCUGUCUGUGAAGCCGACCACCCGACUAUGGUACCUGUCGUAGAGACGUCCUUACCUCCCAUACCCGUGACACCCGUGACGCCGGUCUCUGCAGAAUCUGUCGUCGCCUUGCAGAAUCUCAUCAUCGGUCAAGACGCUCAAAGUCUUAACGCUACGAGCAAAGAGAGCCUCGAACGACACGUCGCAAACUCGAUGCAGCGUCAUCGGAUCGAUCUGCUGCUGAAGACAAACGAUGAAGCUAAGCCUCGCCGGGCAGGCAGGUCGGUCGUCCUUGGGAAGGCUCGAGUCAUGAGCUAUGAUGACCUGGUGGAAGCACGCAAAAAGCGAGCUGAGAAGGACGCACUAAAAGAGCAUAAGAGGGGUGGCAGACGUAACAAGCGACAGGACGGCGACACGGUGAGUGCGGCAAUAGUCGCGCCAACAAUCAACCUGUCAUUGCGCGAUGACCGCGCUGUGAUGGAACCGGGCUGGGACGGAGAACGCGAGGAUUCAGCAUGGUGUGCGCCGAUCGCUUAUAUGUAUUGA